AUGUUGGUUGAUGUCUUCGCAGGCAGUCAAGAUUUACGUAUCACAUCAAUCACGUCGGGGUCACCAAUAUGCCCUUUGGUAGUAUGGCAUGAAAUUGUAUUCAUUCAGCACAAAUGUGAAUUCAAUGCUCUCGCUGAUACGCCAAGAACAAUAAAACAACUAAAAUAUAAGUUUGAGAACAUAAAGAGAGUUGCAAAGAAACCUGCAAAAAAACUGGAUGAGGACCAUAAUAUUAUAAGCAUAGAAAUAGUUGAUGAAUGUGUCAACGAGGAAUCUCACCAUUCUAAGAUUCCUGCUAAUAAACUUGAAACAGGCAUAAACGAGGCCUCAAGUUCAAAGAAGUGGGACUUUGAUACCAGUACACCCUACAGUUCCCUCAAGAGACCAAUGUCAACUCCACUAAAACGUCGUGCAAAGAAAGAAAAGAUGGCAGAGAACGGCAACCUUGUCCGGCAGCUGUUGCGGGAAAAAAAAUAUCUAUUAUGGAUAACCUUCAAGAGCUGGAGCUUAAAAAAAUUGAGGAGUCCA